GGGGGAGCGCGACGGGCGGGGCCGGAUGCAGGCGGCGCGGCGGGCGCUGUGGCCGGGCUGCGAGCGGUGGAGGAUGAAGGUGGUGGUGGCGGCGGCGGCGCUGGGCGCUGCCGUGCUGUUCCUGCUGCCCGCUGCUUCGCGGGCCGACGAGCGCAAGAAGGGACCCAAGGUCACCGCCAAGGUGUUCUUCGAUCUGCGGAUCGGCGAGGAGGAUGUGGGCCGCGUCGUCAUCGGGCUCUUUGGCAAGACGGUGCCCAAGACGGUGGAGAACUUUGUGGCGUUGGCCACCGGAGAGAAAGGAUUCGGCUUCAAGGGCAGCAAGUUCCACCGUGUGAUCAAGGACUUCAUGAUCCAGGGAGGAGAUUUCACCCGUGGAGAUGGCACUGGAGGAAAAAGUAUCUAUGGGGACCGCUUCCCUGACGAGAACUUCAAGCUGAAGCACUACGGCCCUGGCUGGGUGAGCAUGGCCAACGCUGGCAAGGACACCAACGGUUCCCAGUUCUUCAUCACCACGGUGAAGACGCCGUGGCUGGACGGCAAGCACGUGGUUUUUGGCAAAGUGCUGGAGGGCAUGGACGUGGUGAGGAAGGUGGAGAACACUAAGACAGACAGCCGGGACAAGCCCUUGAAGGAUGUCGCCAUCGCCGACUGUGGCACCAUCGAGGUGGAGAAGCCAUUUGCCAUCGCCAAAGAGUAAUUCCCCGUCCGCGCGUUGCCCUGUCAUCCCAGGGUGGGUGAGCAGCAGCAGAGCCGCUGUGCCCCGCACCCCUGCUGCCUGGCCUCCCCCUUCACCCUGCCGCUGGCCAGCGGGCAGGAUGGGGUGCUGGCUCCUCUUCCCAUCACUUUUGUAAGAAGCACAUGCACCAAUAAAUGUGACCAAUCUGUUUUUUAAA